AUGCCAUCAGCGGUUCCUGCCCAAGUGCCCACCUCAUCAGCUGCCGCGGUGCAGGAUGCCAGCACAAAAAUCAUCUCAACGACGCAACGGACUACGCCGGUGCCAAAAUCGACCCAGGUCCUUGUCAGGGUGAACUACACAGGAGUUUGCGCGUCCGACCUGCAUCUGAGCAGGCGAGACCUGCCUUAUCUUCAACCUACCGUAUCCAUUGCUGGACAUGAAGGUACUGGAGAGAUUGCCUCCCUAGGACCCGAGGUCGACUCUACGACUUGGAACGUGGGCGACCGUGUGGCGAUCCGAUGGCUGCAUAAGUACGCCUUGGCCGACUCGGAGUAUCUCGUUCGCAUUCCCGAGGGCGUCAGUGACGCUGACGCUGCGCCGAUACUGUGCGCCGGGGUGACAGUCUUCAAGGCGCUGAAACUAGCGCAGUUACGAAAAGGAUCCUGGGUUGCUAUUGCCGGAGCGGGCGGGGGCCUCGGGCAUCUUGCGAUCCAGUACGCGCGAGCGAUGGGACUGCGACCGCUUGCGUUGGAUGCAAAGAAGCGUGGCAUUUGCUUGAGUAUCGGCGCGGAAGCUUAUCUCGACGUACUGGAGACGAGCGACUGCAUCGCCGAGGUGCAGAAAUUGACAGACGGCGGCGCAUCUGGAGCACUAAUAUGUGCAUCAAACGGAAGGGCAUACGCCGAUGCAGUCAAGUACCUCCGCCGGGCAGGGACACUGGUCUGCAUCGGAUUGCCUCCGAAGCCAUCGCCUAUACCGGUGCUGCCAGAAGACUUCAUAGCGAGGGGCAUCAAAAUCAUGGGAACGUCGACGGGCACGUUGAAGGAUACUGAAGAAGCCUUGAAAUAUGUGGCACGUGGUGAAGUGAAGCCAAGGCUGGUCGAGAGAUCAUUGGACGAUAUUGAACAGGUGUUGCGGGACAUUGAGGAGGCGAAAGUCGAGGGGAGGGUUGUCAUCAAGAUAGAGUGA